AGGUCAAAGUUUGUUUUCAAUAUGGCCACGUGCGAGCUGAAGGGAGAGCUGAAAUACAGAGAUGGACGAACAAACCAAUUUACAGUGAAAGUGGAUGAUAAUUUAAAAUCAAUGAUAUCCGGUAUCAAGAAAUUAAGUGCUGAUAUCUCGGACGUUUUGACGGUUCUUGUUGAACAAGAAAAGGGCUCGACGGGAAAUAUCAAAGACGUGGAUGAUGAUGAUGAUGAAGAUGACAGUGACGAAGAGGACAAUAACACGAAAAAGGACACCAAGACAAACACAGAACCUCCAAAAAAGCGAAAAAAGAAUUGACGACCAUGAUCCUCAAAACUGUCAUACUGCUGUGAUGUAUUUUAUUACAUAAAGAGAUGGUUACACCCAUUCCCCUCAUUUCAAAAUUUGAUGACUGCCAUGAACAGGUCAAGAAUGUUGGGAGUUUUGCCUGAUUUUUUUGGUUCCUUCUUGUUUUUGUUGAUUUUUUUGUUAUUGUAAGUUAUUUUUGAUGUUUUUGUGUGCAUCCUCAAACUACCGGUUACUGGUGUAGUGGGGAAAUUGUUUAUCAAUUACAAUAAUCGCGACAUUUUGGCUGACAUAAAGUUACAUAUUUACAGCAGUUAUCACUCAGUAAAGUCAUUGUACACCUGCAAUAAAGUUGUAAAGCAAUCUGACCCAUAAAAUGUGUGUUUCUGAUUGACAAGUAACUUGUCGCUUUUAUGAAUAUGCAUUGCACAUUACAUUUCUUUAUUGAUUUGUAUCAGAAUCCAAACUUGGUUCAUAUCACAGUGUAUUACGAUUGCAAUGGAAAGUUAAUAAAUACCUAUUGUUCAUGGUUAGUAUUAAUUCACAGAAACAAGCCCUUUAAGACAAAAAAACGAUUUGCCUUAUUUUGAACAUUUUAACAAAUUAAUAAAACGCAUGACUGAAGAUGUAUUUCUUAAGCAACUCCUGGGUCUUUGGAAAAGGUGCAGUGAUAGAGGUUGAUAUUACAGGGGCUGGUGUCGAAACUCAUGUUUAGAUAAAGAGUUGUGCUAGACUCAUUACAACCUUCCUCACACAGCAGUCCUAAUAACCUUUGCGUUGCUUAUGUGAGAUAAGCUUUCCACUGUAAAAUGAUGUAGAUGUCCCUCAACAAUUAGAUAUUUGAGUGCAUAAAUAUUACAACAGAAAUAACCAAAUAGUACCUGUUUACCAAAACCCACCUACAGACGUGUACAAUUUUUAAUACGAGAACACAGUUAUCACUAUGACAUAAUUAGUAUUAGACUCCUAUGUCUGAUGCACCCAAGAAGUUACAUUUGAAUGUACAAUACUGAUAUGAAACCGUACAAAGUUAUCACAGAUAAGAAAAGCGUUAGCUCAGUCAAAUGCUUUCUCGUUUCUCUCUCUUUGAUUGUUUUAAUGUAAAAGUUAACACUUUAAAACAUCAUGUGGGACAUUACUGGAGUUUGUUACUCCAGUGGAACUAUUCAAUGUUCUUAAAAUAUUACAUAAACAGCUGAAACACUGCAUUAACAACAUUUACACAUCUCUGCUUUGAUCUUUUAUUAUUUUCAUUAGAAAUUUUGAUUCAAAGUAGUAAACCUACCCACAAUUAAAAAUUGUAAUUCACCUCAACUGUUCAAGUAGGACAUAGCAUUUAGCUCUGUGAACAUUUCACUAGCUUGCAAAGGUAAAAUGACCUGCCAAUAUUCUGGGUUACAUCUUGGGCAAUGGCUUGAUUGCCUCAGUUCAUCUGUCAAAUUUCAAUUUAGUACAAAAUUAAAUGAAGUCAAACUUUUUUUUUUAAGUAUUCCAAGACUGAGUCAGCAUGGAUAGUCAGCAAUACUUUUAGAUUCUGUUAUAAAUCUAUUUUAAACGCACAUUUAUUUUGCACUCCAAGUUUGAACAUAAUAGCCUAUGGUCUUCUGCUACAUAAUAAAAAACUGCAAAUCAAACUAUUAAUUUAAAAAUAAAAAGUCCCUUUUUAAUGACUACAAAAAAACAUCCAAAACUAUAGAGACAACAGUGCAAUAAUCUUGAUUAUGAAUGCACUUCUUGCAUUGGCCAAACAGUAAGACGCCAAAAAAAGAUGGCCCAAGAAUCUGAUCCCACGUCCUGAACAAUGU